GCCAGCCGCGCCCGCGGAGGCGGAGGAAGGCUGGACCGCCGGAGCAGCCUCGACUCGCCUGGGCCGCCGCUGCCGCCGCUUCUCCGCGCCAGCACGAUUGAAACUGUACUAUGAAUGGUGAAACGAGAGCGGAGGUGGUAACUUCACCACCUCCAACAGCUCCACACAAAGAGAGAUACUUUGACAGAGUUGAUGAAAAUAACCCUGACUACUUGCGAGAGAGGAACAUGGCUCCCGACCUUCGCCAGGAUUUCAAUAUGAUGGAACAGAAGAAGAGAGUUUCCAUGAUCCUCCAAAGCCCUGCAUUUUGUGAAGAGUUGGAAUCCAUGAUCCAGGAACAGUUCAAGAAAGGGAAGAAUCCUACAGGCCUGCUGGCUCUACAACAGAUUGCAGACUUCAUGACGGCCAGCGUUCCCAACGUCUACCCACCUGCUCCUCAAGGAGGCAUGACUGCCUUAAACAUGAGCCUCGGGAUGGUGACGCCUGUGAACGAUCUGCGGGGAUCAGAUUCCAUCGCUUACGAGAAAGGAGAGAAACUACUACGGUGCAAAUUGGCUGCUUUCUACAGGCUGGCCGAUCUCUUUGGCUGGUCGCAGCUUAUUUACAAUCACAUCACUGUCAGAGUAAAUUUGGAGCAGGAACAUUUUCUGAUUGUGCCUUUUGGACUUCUCUAUAGUGAAGUUACUGCAUCCAGCUUGGUGAAAGUGAACUUCCAAGGGGACGUCAUUGAUCGCGGGAGCACUAACUUGGGGAUCAACCCGGCCGGCUUCACCUUGCACUCAGCCAUCUACGCCGCCCGCCCGGAUGUCAAGUGCAUUGUUCACAUCCACACUCCUGCAGGAGCAGCGGUAUCUGCGAUGAAACGUGGCCUCUUGCCCAUCUCACCAGAGGCACUGUCUCUCGGGGAAGUGGCCUACCACGAUUACCACGGCAUUCUUGUGAACGAGGAGGAAAAGGCCCUGAUUCAAAAGAAUCUGGGCCCCAAAAGUAAAGUCCUCAUCCUCCGAAAUCACGGCUUGGUAUCCGUUGGCGAAAGCGUGGAGGAGGCUUUCUAUUAUAUUCACAAUUUGGUUGUUGCAUGUGAGAUCCAAGUACGAACCCUGGCCAGUGCAGGUGGGGCAGACAAUUUGGUCCUGCUGGAUCCCAGCAAAUACAAAUCCAGGCCUCACUGCCACGAGUCUGCCGCGGGGGAAGGGGCAGUGCCUCACCCCAAAUGGCAGACUGGAGAACAAGAAUUUGAAGCCCUCAUGCGAAUGCUUGACAAUUUGGGCUACCGGACUGGCUACCCGUACCGAUGCCCUGCUCUGAGGGAGAAGACUAAAAAGUUCAGUGAGGCGGAGGUUCCCGCUGCCGUCACCGGCUACUCUCUUGCUAGUGAUGGGGACUCGGGCACUUGCUCUCCGCUGAGGCAUAGCUUUCAGAGGCAGCAGCGGGAGAAGGCAAGGUGGCUAAAUGCCAGCCGAGGGGAUGACCCAGCUGAAGAAGGGCAGGAUGGCGGCGGCGGCAGUGGCGGCGGCGGCAGCCCCAAGUCGAAGGCUAAGGUGUGGACGAACAUUACACACGAUCACGUGAAACCCUUGCUGCAGUCUCUCUCGUCCGGUGUCUGCGUGCCAAGCUGUAUUACCAACUGCUUGUGGACUAAAGAGGAGGUUCACAGGACUGCCUCAUCGGCUCCCCCAAACCUCUUCGUUCCCUUGAACACGAACCCAAAGGAGGUCCAGGAAAUGCGGAACAAGAUCAGGGAGCAGAACUUGCAAGACAUUAAAACAGCCGGCCCCCAGUCUCAAGUUCUUUCAGGGGUUGUAAUGGACAGGAGCCUUGUACAGGGGGAGCUGGUGACCGCCUCCAAGGCCAUCAUUGAGAAGGAGUACCAGCCCCGUGUCAUCAUCAGCACCACUGGACCCAACCCUUUCCACAAACUCACGGACCAAGAACUGGAGGAGUAUCGCCGAGAAGUCGAAAGGAAACAGAGGCAGUCGGAAGAAGAUUGUGAAGACGGCAGACAGCAGGGAGACAGGAGCUCUCCGGACCAAACUAUUGCUUCCACCCCACCCAGCACUCCGGUCAAACUCGAGGAAGAAUGUCCGCCUGUCCAGACGGGCCACGAAGGCAGCGGCGCCAACAGCAGCGAAGCGGCCCCCUCCCAGCCAAGCCUCCCAGACCUCACCGCUCCCGACCAGCCUUCCGAAGAAGUCUUUGGGACGGAGGAGGAAGAAGAAGACCCCGACCUUGCCGUCCCCCAGAAGGAGGAUCCUCCCGAGAGCCCCCAGCCUUACCCCUCCCCGAGCGGAGAGCCUCCCCCUUCUCCCCUGGCCGAGGAGGGGGCAGCCGCCGAAGCCGGCAGCGAGGAGUCUCCGGGGAAGUCUCCCUCUAAAAAGAAGAAGAAGUUCCGCACCCCGUCCUUCCUCAAGAAGAGCAAGAAGAAGAGCGACUCCUGAAGACCCCAAAGGGAAGGCCGGGUCUUUAUGCCUCUCCCCUUUGUUAAUCCCCGGAAUAUAUCAGAUGCUACCCUGUGCUUUCUGUUUGGUCUUUCUUGUUUAAAAAAAGAAAAAGGGACAAAUAACACUAUAGCUUGACUGUUUUUUUUUUUGAGUUUAUAACUGGAAUUUAGCCAAGCAGAAGGUGAUGAUUCUGUGUGCGCAAACCCCC